AGACUACGUCGCAUAAUUUUUCUCUCGAUAUUUAUUUUAAAUUUUAUAGAUUAUCUCGACCUUUUAUCUACGAAAUAUGGAUGAAAGUGAAGAUGAUAAUUAUAUAAAUAUAAGUGAUAAAAGUGAUAUGGAGUUUCCCAAUUUUUUGACGAGAAAGAAUCAUUGUAUAGCUGUUGACCAAGAUGUUGAAAGAACCAUUAAAAGAAAGAAUCCUGUUAAAAGUGACGGAAGUAGUGAAGAUAGUUUUACAAGCAUUAUUAAGAGGAAAUCUAAGAAAUUUAGUAAAGGCGACACUAUAACCCCCGUAAAGAAAGUUGUCAACGAGACACAAGAAGCUAUUUUUGAGGUAUCUGUUUCUUCUCUAGAAGCACUUCCAAAGCAAAUAGCAUUAGCAAAAUUACUUAGAUCACUAACCAUAUCUAAUAUUGUUAGAAUAAAAUAUAAAAACCCAUAUAAGAUUUUGAUUCGAUUCGAAAAAAAGGAAAAUGCAGAAAAAUUAAUUAAUUGUCAGAAAUUCAAAGACUUGGGAUACAAAUGUCAGAUGACUUACGAAAACAAUAUAACGUAUGGUAUAAUAAAAGGAAUAGAUAUAGAUAUGAAUGUUGAUGAACUUUUGGAUAUUAUUAAUUGUCCUCAUAAGAUCUUGUCAAUGAAAAGAUUGAAUCGAUUGAAUUCUGAAGGAAAAUGGGUUGAAAGUGAAACUGUUCGCAUAUGUUUUGAAAGUUCAAUCUUACCCGAUUUCGUGUAUGCUUAUGGUUGUAGAUUUAGAGUUGAAAAAUAUGUAUUUCCUGUAACUCAAUGUUCAAUCUGUUGGAAAUUUGGUCAUUCUGCGAAAUUCUGUGCAAGUAAAAAAGUUCUUUGUCCAAAAUGUGGAGGAAGUCAUAAUAAUUGUGAUACGAAAAUAUUCACUUGUCUGAAUUGUAAGGGGAUUCAUAUGUCACUAGACAAACAAUGCCCUAUUUUUAUAAAAGAAAAAAAUAUACGUCUAAUUAUGAGCAGAGAAAAUGUUUCUUACCGAAAAGCCUUACAAAUUAUAGACGAAAAGGAUGCUGUCAAAACUAUAAAUCUAUCUUCAUCGAAUACCUUAAACAUUACAGGACCUUCUAUUAAUUUAAGAUCUCAAGAGGUUACUGAAAGAAGUUUCAGUAGCGUAGUAAAGUCUAAGGCAGUAGCUCAUAAAGAUGAGUUAAUACCAGAUCUGAAUAUUGAAAAAGAGGCUAUAACUGACCGUGACAUACAGUCUACAAAAAAAUUAAGUAAAGACGAUAUAUGUAAAGAAGAUAGUAAUAUUCUUUCGACAAAUAUAGAUUCAGCCAAGGCACCGCAAGCUAAACAAGAGACACGUACGAGAUUCCAAAUAGGGAAGAUUCUUAUAAAAAUCAAAGAAAAUAUUACAUCAGAGAAAUCAUUUGAGGAGAAGAUAAUGUCAGUGUUGAAGAUAAUUGCAGAGGAAUGUUAUCUUCUCAUGAGAGAAUAUAUUAAAGAAGGUGAUGUAUGGAGUAGCAUAUUUAGUAUCUUUUAUGGAUAAGUAUUCCAAG